AUGAUAUCUGAAGAAUGCCUUGGCGUUCUCACUUUGAUGAUCGCCAUCUCCUUCCGCUUUCUCGCCACCAUCUUGGCAGUGACGCCAUCGCAGUUGUCAUGGCGGGAGCGCCUAUUUGUGGCCGUGGCCUGGCUGCCCAAGGCUACGGUACAGGCAGCCAUCGGUCCUGUAGCUCUGGAUACAGCCCGGCAGCUCCAGGCGUCCGAAAGCAUUCUGAUAUGGGGCGAAGAGGUGAGCCACGACUGA